CCCCUAUAUACGUCACUUCCGAAAUUUGAGAGAGAAGUGAGAUGGCAGAGCUGUCGCUAUAUCUGACUAAUGUCAACAUCUCUUUGGGGAAAACUAUGGACGCUGAAAAGAGCUCCAAUAUGGUGAAGGAGUUUGAGAGUGUGGAGCUGGGAGACAUAGGGAUGAAGAAGCAGAAGGUGCCCCGAAGAACAAUUUACUUUGCCAGUGGAGAGACCAUGGAGGAAUACAGCACAGAUGAAGAAGAAGAGGAGGAAGUGCAAGCUUCUAUAGCUGUUAAGACCUCAGCUGACCCUUCCAGGUUGACUUGGGGUCCAUAUUUUUUGUUUCACAUGUGGAGAGUGGCAACCUCCACUAUUUCAGUUUGUGACUAUCUUGGGGAGAGAAUGGCCUCAUUGUUUGGCAUUACGUCGCCUAAGUACCAGUAUGCCAUCGACGAGUACUACAGAAUGAAAAAGGAGGAGGAGGAGGAGGAGGAGGAGAACCGGCUGUCUGAGGAGGCAGAGCGUCGUUUUGAGGAGGAGCGUGAACAGGAGAUGCAGCAGCCAGCCAUGGAGCAGCCGGAGGGUAAAGCCUCCUUCGUCAACGUCACCUUUGAGCUGGAUCAAGAUGCCACAUCUGAUGCCAACAGAUUCCCUGCCCCCAUCCCCACUUAACAGUUCAAUUAAAUGGACAUCUUCACAUUUCAUGAUGUAGCCUCAGCAUUUUUGCUAUAGUGUAGUUCUUAUUUUUGUAUCAUAUUGAUCAUGUUCUAUUAAUACUGUAAGUCAGACAUGAGACAGAAUACAUCUUUUUUUAGUUGC